UGCAGCUGUCUGCUGUAUCUCUCCUCUGCACUAUGGAGGGAUUAUCCAUCCUGCUGCUGCUGCUGGCCUCAGCAGUGCAGCUCUACAGCGCUGCUCCAGCUUUGGAGGCAGUGACAUGCAACGAGGAUAGUGGUGCCGCAGCUGCACGUCUGGCAACGCAUCACAUCGACGAGCACCAUGAUCACGGCUACAAGUUCAGACUCCUUGAAAUUUUAAGCAACAAAAUGGAAAAGGUUGACGGAGGCUGUGACAUUGAGCUGAAUUUGAACCUUGGGGAGACGGUCUGCCACACUGUCAACCCCAAACACUUUGAGGACUGCGAGUACCGUGACCAGGCAGCCGGGGCGGUGGGGGCUCACUGUAACGUAUCGAUGACUGUAAGGAACAGUGACGCCAAAGUCACCAAGUAUGCUUGCGACACGCAUAGAGAAUUAAGUGACCAUGAGUUGAUGAUGAACUGCCCCGACUGUCCCAAGCUGAUUGAACUUACCAGCCCUGAAGGUCUCAUGUCUGUUAAUCAAGCUGUGAAAAAAUUCAACACAAACACCACCAACCAGCACGAAUACAUCCUGCAGGAAGUGGGACGGCUAAGAAUUGGGUAUGUCAUGUCGGUGGGCACGUUCUUCUAUUCUGAGUUUGUUGUGGUGGAGACUCAUUGCCCAAGGGACUCCAGAAUCCUUCAAGAUGCGUGCAAACCCCUCUGCCCUGACAGAGCUCAUCAUGCUCUCUGCCGUUCAUCUUACUCAAGUAAAACAUACGAGACCACAUACGACUGUGAUUUCUAUCCCCCGAAGGUGAGUCCACCUUUUAAACAUACACCAUUCUUUACUCAUAAUUUGAAGGUGUGCAGUUACAUGCAGAUAUACUAUGACGCAGAGAUGGGGACUCGAGUCAUUGUGACUUGGACUCGAGUCGACUCGAGUCGCUGUUUUGAUGACUUGUGACUUGACUUGACAAAA